GAAGUUGUCUAUCAAUACGUUAUAGAAUAUACUGGUGAAAAGAUUUAUUACCGAAUUAUCCUCACAAAUAUUUACUUCUAAGACGUAAAAAAUAUGAAUGCGGCAGCAUCGUUGCCAUGCAAAUGGCAAUUUUGGGCUAUUAUAUUUUAUUUCUUCCUCGACCGAGUCGCUGUCGCAGACAUUCGCUAUUCUGUCCUGGAGGAGACAAAGACAAAAUACAUUAUUGGAAGUCUAAGCAAAGACCUCAAUCUGGAUUCUAAAGGUUUGAGUUAUCGCAAAGCAAGACUGGAUUAUCAAGGUGAUAAACGUUAUUGUGGAAUAGACUUGGAUUCUGGGCAUAUAUUUGUCUUGGAGAGAAUCGACCGAGAAAUACUCUGUGGAACCAUGACGCCAUGUGUUUUACAUUUUGAAUUUAUUCUUGAAAAUCCUCUAGAGCUUCACAACGUGAUUUUAGAGGUACAGGAUGUUAACGACCACACGCCUGCCUUCCCGAAAGACUCAAUCAAGCUUGAGAUCAGCGAGACUGUACCGACUGGAAGUAAAUUUCAAAUAGCUCGUGCCCGAGAUCUGGAUGUUGGCAUAAAUUCCGUUCAGAGUUACAUUCUUAGUCAAAACGAGCACUUUUCCAUGGACGCAAGAACGAGUAAAGACAGGUAUGUGGACAUUAUAUUGAAAAGUAACCUCGACCGUGAAAUAGAAGGGGAAUUUUCUUUGAUACUAACUGCCGUGGACGGGGGAAAUCCUCCUCGUUCCGGUACGGUUGUUAUCCAGGUGCUUGUCCAAGAUGUCAAUGACAAUGCCCCGAUUUUUUCACAGUCUUUGUACAGGACACAAUUAUUUGAAAAUUCUGCGCCUGGAACAACCGUUAUCAAAAUAACCGCGACUGAUUUGGAUGAAGGCGCAAAUGGACAAAUAACGUACUAUAUUAAUCACCUUUCUGACAAUACCAAUAAUCUAUUUCAAAUUGACGAAAACAACGGUGAAAUUUCAGUAACUGGACAACUAGACCACGAAAGUGCCUCUUCAUAUGAAAUAGAAAUACAAGCGGAGGAUGGCGGAGGACAGACCGGCCAUUGCAAAGUCCUGAUUGAAUUAGCUGACGUUAAUGACAACGCGCCGGUAAUAAUGGUGAAAUCGUUAACAAACCCAAUUCCAGAGAACAUUGCAGUUGGCUCAGAAGUUGCCAUUUUAAAUGUGAAAGACCAAGAUUCUGGUGAAAACAGCCGAGUCAGUUGUUCUGUCCCCAUCAACUUACCAUUCAAAUUACAACGAUCUAUUAAGAACUAUUUCACAUUAGUAACUAUCACUUUGCUUGAUCGCGAGCAAAUCGCCGAAUAUAAUAUCACAAUUACGGCAACUGAUGGAGGUACCCCUACCCUGUUCUCAACUACAACUUUGAACAUCCAUGUUGGAGAUAUAAAUGACAAUUCUCCUGUAUUUGGACAGCACGUUUAUGGUGCAUAUGUCGUGGAAAACAACAAACCAGGCACCUCUAUCUGUUCUGUGAGUGCUAGUGACCCAGACUGGAGGCAGAAUGGCACAGUAAUGUAUUCUCUGGUGUCCAGUGAGGUGAACAGUGUUCCAGUGUCCUCAUUUAUAUCCAUUAAUGCAGACACAGGGGUGAUCCAUGCUGUGAGGUCAUUUGACUUUGAGCAGUUCAGAAAGUUCAAAGUCCAGGUUGUAGCCAGAGACAAUGGCUCUCCUCCACUCAGCAGCAAUGUGACUGUGAAUGUGUUCAUAACAGAUGAGAAUGAUAACUCCCCACAGAUAUUAUACCCUGCUCCAGAGGGAAAGACUUUAAUGACUGAGAUGGUCCCUAAAGCUUCUCUGUCAGGCUCUCUGGUCUCCAAGGUGAUUGCUGUGGACGCUGACUCUGGACAGAAUGCAUGGCUGUCAUAUCAGAUUGUGAAGUCUACUGAUCCAGGACUUUUCUCCAUUGGUCUCCAUAAUGGAGAGAUCAGGGCACUGAGGGACAUUACUGAAUCUGACAGCAUAAAGCAGAACCUCAUUAUCUCAGUGAAAGAUAAUGGACAACCUCCUCUCUCUGCUACCUGUUCUGUGUAUUUACUUAUUUCUGACAACCUUGCUGAAGUUCCAGAAUUUAAAGACAUGACUUAUGAGGAGAGCAACUCCAAACUAACAUCAUAUUUGAUCAUUGCGCUCGUUUCUGUGUCCACCUUCUUUCUAACUUUCAUUAUUUUGAUCCUGGCUGUGAGGUUUUGUCACAGGAGAAAGCCCAGACUGUUGUUUGAUGGAGCAGUCGCCAUUCCCAGCGCGUAUCUCCCUCCUAACUAUGCAGAGGUGGAGGGAGCUGGAACUCUCUGCAGUUCUUACAAUUAUGACACGUAUCUAACAACAGGCUCACGCACCAGUGACUUUAAAUUCGUCUCAUCGUACAAUGACAACACACUUCCUGCUGAUGGUUCUCUAAAGACGAAUCGAGAUGAUUCAAAUAUGACUAGUCUUUCUGAUGCAGGCGAAAUAUUAGAGGUAAGAUUCUUUUUGUGA